AUGGAAGAAGCGGAUGCUUCGAAUGUUGCUGAGGCUGAGAGGAGGUAUUUAUUGAGUUUGCUCACGAUGGCUGAGGAGCUGCUCUCGCUGUUGCCUGAAACGGUGAAGAAGAAAUAUGGUAUCAUCAAAGGUACUUUGGCUGUACGUCUGGGGUCGAAGAUUUCCAACCUCCCGAAGACCUCAAAUGUUGCUGAAGGUAUCACUUCGUGCUGCGAGGAGUUCGCUCGAUUGGAAGUACUGUUGGAACAAGAGCUGCAGCUCGAGAGUAAUCCAGAUGUUCACGGGAACGAUGAUCUAUCAAACCCGAAUGCUUCGAAUAGCGGAACAGAUUCCAGAAAGAGUAAGACAGGAAGCCAGCCUGGUAGAGAAAUGAGACAAAUGGAAAUCAAUGAAAUCGUAAAGGAGCGGGAUGAGGCCAGAAUGGAGAUUGACAGACUUGCUCAAGAACUGCACAAGAGCAAUGGACUGUUGGAAAAUGCAAUCUUGAGAGCCCUGCAAGCGGAGCAAAUGAAGACCAAUUAUGACAAAUGGAUCAAGGAGACGGAAGAUCAAUACCAAGCAACAAUUGAGAUGCAUGAGCAUGAAUUGAGGUCAUAUUACGAAGAGGUCAUGGAGACUAAAUUGAAACAAGCUGAAGCUGAGAAGAGAGAAUGUCUACGGAAUUUGAGAUCUGAACUCGAGUGCAAGCAUGCGAAGGCUUUGGCCAGUGCCCAGGCCUCGUAUGCGGAAAAGUUGCAAGCGGCAGAUGAAAGAGUAUCAAAUAUGCACCUUUGA